AUGAGUAAACCGCGCCACGAACCGUUCAAGACACCGCCAAGGAUCGACCCUGGACCGAACCACUGCUGGGUCCAAAACUGGGAAAUGUCUGAUGAAUUCGAACGGUCUCUAACAGAUUCGUGGAUGAGAAGACAGCGCUGGGAGACCAUCAACCCCACAUGGAAGGGAAGAGCGCCAUCCUUCUUCAAAAAAGACAAUGUGAUUGUCCAGAAUGGAUCCAUGAAGUUGCGGUCAAGAGAGGACAACCCUCCUGCAUACUUUCCUUCUAUGUACAAGGACUUUUCCACAGCUUUCGUAAGAACUCGCAAAAGAAGUCUCUACGGUUACUUUGAGAUUUACUGUCGCAUGAUGGAUAGCAAAAUCUCUAGUGCAUUUUGGUUUGCCUACAACACACCAAAUGAGUGGACUGAACUUGACGUUUUUGAGUAUUCAACUAGCGACAAACCAACAAGCUUUGGUAAGCCGUACAAGCAGCUGUUUAAUACGAAUAUGCACGUCCAUCGCAAUCCCAACGGUGUCAAAAUGAGUUCUCCGCAAGUCUAUGAUGCUGGUUUUGACCUCAGCGCACAACCCGUGAAGGUUGGGUUCAACUGGCAAGAGGAUAAGAUCCAGUGGUACUUGAAUGAUAAGCUUGUGAGAGAAGAAAAAAACGAGUACUUCCAUCAACCGUUGCACCUUCAAUUAGAUUCCGAGGCAUUUCCGAUUUGGUUCGGGUUGCCCGAAACUGGUGGUUGUCACAAGAACUCGUUGCCAAACGCGUUUGAAAUCUUCUACGUGCGAUCGUGGAACAGGUCAGUGCACACGAGUCGAACGCGUUCAAAACUCUCUCACCUCAAAAAAACUCUCAAACUAACUUUCUCUUGUAUCCUGCAUUGGCUUGCCACUCACAGGAAAGCGAGGUCGUGA